CCACCCUUCUCAUUAUACAAUCGCGCUCUCUGUUACAGCAGAAGCGCUACUUGGGAGAACUGUCGGGUCGAGGCUCGACUCAACUCGGGGCUCGACAGGAUUGAAACUUGACGGAUCAACAGAGCAUGCUCCGCAUGAUGGCGGCGCUUUGCGAAAAUACUGGGAAUAUCGACUGGUAAUGACGACGGGGGCGAGCAUGACAAGGGUGACGAGCACGAACGGAACCACGAUCAACGAGAAGACGAGGCGGACCGAGGCUACAGAACCGUGUCCCAGGCCGCAUGGUGCGUGCCCCGCCUCGGGCCGGCAGGCCAAGGGCAAAUUGACGGGAGGACGGCAGGGCAGGCGCACGGCCCCGGCCUUCCACACCGAGCCGCACGCAGGCUGCGCACGCUGCGCGCGCCUCAUGCCCGCAGCGCUCUGCGCGGCGGCGCCCGAGCGGCGCCAGGAGCGCGCCGACGCGCAUUCGAGCCCAGCGUCGCUGACACCGCAGGCUUGGCCAGCAGCACCACGUCGCGUGCACUGGCCACCCGUGCCCGCGGGGGCGACGGCCCCGCGGCUGGCCGACCAGCAUCCUCAGCCCACGCCUCCACCAUCGCGGGGGGCACCGUUCGAACUCCGGCUGGGCCAGGUCGGGCUCGGGUGCAGUCGGCUCGGCCUGGCUGCUCAGGGCUUUCGCCAAAGCGCGUACAUCGUCCAGACUGCCUGAUGUCAAGUCCUUUCCUGCCGCAAACUAAUGUUCGGCGACGGUGCCGCCGAAAAAUGCCCUGCAUGUGAAAUACUGAAAUCGG